ACCCUUUCACUUGAGAAAGCCACAGAACUGAUCAGAAUCUCAUUCAAAUCAUUUUUACUCUAUUUUUUCUAUUAUCAUUAUUCCAUCUUCAUUCAUCGUUAUUCCAAUUGAUAACAAUAAUGGUGACAAUUGGCAUCAUGUAAUAACAAUUGUUCAACUUGUAUUCAUUUUUCCUUUUCUUUACUUUCCCUUCCCAACAUUUUCAAUGGAAAUUCAUUUAAUGUAAAAAAUUUUUUUCUUUUCCCACUUUGGAUUUAAUGUGACUCGUGACACGCUAAUGUCCACUUUUUGUGAAACAAUUUCAUCAUGUUCUGAUUUGUGUGUGUGUUCACCCAAAAAUCAGGGAUUCAUCGAUUCAUCUUAUCUUUAUGUGCUACUUGAUGAGUAAAUUAAUUCAAAUGAAAAUAUUUGAUCGAAAUGAUUCGGUCAAAUAUUUAUUCUUCACAUUGAUCCAAACAAAUUACUCUUCCUCCUCGUACUCCUCAUCAUCUUCCUCAUCAUCAUUAUCGACAUCUUUCCUCAUCACUCGGAUUCUAUUUUUACUCUGGUUCUCACCUCUUGUCCAACUUAAUCCAAAUUGUAAAUGUGUCAAGUUUACUGCAAGUUAUACACCAACCAAUCACGGUAUAUUCACAAGUCCAGACUGGCCCAAACCCUAUGACCCCGGAAUCGACUGUUUACUCUACAUUUUCAUUGGUAAACCAGGUCAACUAAUUGAAAUAUCAUUCAACACAUUCGACGUUUACGCUUCAUCAACAACCGAUUGUUUGAAAGGUGAUUUUGUCCGACUUUUAUUAAAUCCAAGUAAUGAGAGCAUUACUUUGACUGAACUGGAAUCAAGUGGCAAUGUAAUUUGUGGUAAUUCAAUUUCUGAAUGGAAACGUAAACAAUACUCUUUUGAUUCCCUGUUGAUACUUGAAUUUCAUACAACUCUUUACACCUCCAAUGGGCAACAUCAUGGAUUCUCGGGAACUUAUCGAUUCAUCGAGUCUUCCCUUUACAAAACUGAUGGUCAACCACUUGCCGGGUCAACCUGUGAUUAUCAAUUUUUAAGCAUUUCAACAAAUUCCAAUGAAACUGUUCCCUUGGUGGGUAAAUUUUUCUCACCCAACUAUCCAAAUCGUUAUCCAUCCUCAUCACACUGUGCUUACCAUUUCAUGGGAAAAUACAACGAACGAGUUAAAGUUGUUUUUGAAAAGAUUGUCUUUGGAAAUAAAGAUUCAAGCUGCCUUGGUACCAAUGAUGUUGUACUCAUUCAUGAUGGUCCGGAUAUUGAAGCUCCUCUAAUAGGAAGACUUUGUAAUGAUGAUAAGUUUGUUGAGAUUAUUUCUUCAGGUCCGGAUCUGCUUAUUAUUUUUCAUUCACAUUCAAAGUUAUCACCUUCAGCCAAAGGUUUCCAAGCCUUGUAUUCAUUCAAUCAAAGCCAACUCUCAGUCAACAGUAUCUCAUCACUGCCUUCUCACCAUAAUAACCUUAAUCAAAAGCAAAAACAUCAUCACCAUCAGCAACAACGAGAACAGCGCAUUCAACAAUCUAAUCAAGAUUCCGAUGAAAUGAAAUUGUCUCGUGAUGAAACAUUGGAUAGUAAAAAGAGUUUUACUUGUGAUCAAUUCAUCAAUAGUGAAAUGUCUUUAAAUGGUUCAUUUCAUUCGCCAAAUUAUCCCGAUAUUUAUCCGGAAGGAGUUCGAUGCCGAUAUUAUUUCAAUGGUCAUGGUAAACAAAGGGUUCAGAUAGUGUUUAAUGAAUUUGAUCUUGUUAAAAGUUCACUUAAGCCUAAACCAAUGAGUUGCGAGUCAAGUGAUACUUUAAUGGUUUUAUUAACAAUCAAUGGUAACAAGGAAAGUUUGGAUACUUUUUGUGGUUCCAAAAAGCCUUACAAUCUAAUGUCCAAUGGGCCCAAUUUACUGGUUGAAUUUCGAAGUGGACAUUACUUGAAGCGUCAAAAAGUCAAAGGAUUUAAAGCAAACUAUCGGUUCGUUACAAAUUUUGGUAUCAAUUCUGGUCAACAAGAGGAUAAUCAAGUCUGCUCUUUCAUCUUCAACUCAACAUCAAUUCCCAAUGGAACAAUUAAUUCGCCCAAUUUUCCUGGUUUAUAUCCGCGAAACACUGAAUGUCAAUACUUAUUUCAUGGUAAACCCAACGAACAAGUUUACCUCAAUUUUAUCCAUUUUGAUAUUGAAGGCGUUCCACCAUGUAAUGCUGACUCGGCUUCUGAUUACAUUGAAUUUUCAAAUUAUCCUUGGACUGAUCAUAAUUCCUCUCGACAUUGUGGCUUUAAAAAGCCGAAAUCAGUCAUUUCUGCGAAUAAUUUUUUCCGUCUAAUCUUCAAGUCCAAUAAUCAAUAUGAUGGAACCGGUUUCCAGGCUCUUUAUUCAUUCAUUGAUGCUCGAAAAAUCAAUGUUGGAGCGAAACCAUUAUCAAGUAACUGGAAUGAAAUAAAGCCAGGCUCUUGGACGACUGUGAUAAUUUUUAUAUUUUUGGUAUUACCAAGCCACAUGUGUUUUUAAUGUGUAUGUAAAUGAUACAUUAUUUAUUUAUCUACUCUUGGAUCAUCUCGGCAUUUUGUAUCAUUAAGAUUUUAUAUUGAAUCUGGCCAUCAACCAAGAACCUGAUUGUUGUACAUUGUUCAAGACAAUUUCACUUGGUACUAAAGGAGAAAGAAGCUUACAUUGCGAAAAGGAUUGUCGCUUAAUGGACUACAAUAGACGAAAACACUGUUAACAAUGCAUUUCUAAUUGUGCGCUCAAAAUUGAACAUUUCUCUACAGAGUAAAGCUCGUCUCAUCGUUCGAUCGAUUGUAAUUUAGUUUUAAUAUUUGAAAAAGCAACCUUAAAGAGACAUAGUUUGAUUGAAUCUAAAUAUUUUUUAUUCAUUUAAAUGAUCGCUUUGUGACUUAUUUUGAAUAAAUAAUAUUGUUGUUGAA